ACACGUGGAUCCAAGAUGGCGGCGGGGAUGUGCCAUCCUAAAGAUAUUUACAAAGUGUCUUGGAAAGUAAGGGAGGAAGAGAAUAAUUCCUCCUGUGGGAAUCUGAGCAAGGUUCUUGAAGGAAGAAACAUUUCAACUGGACCUCAAAGGGAUUGCUUGCCAUGGUCCCUGCUGCUUCUCUCUCUCACAUGUGAAACAAGCGCCUUCUAUGUCCCUGGGGUUGCACCAAUCAACUUCCAUCAGAACGACCCUGUAGAAAUCAAGGCUGUGAAGCUCACCAGCUCUCGAACCCAGUUACCUUAUGAAUACUACUCACUGCCCUUCUGCCAGCCCAACAAGAUAACCUACAAGGCAGAAAAUCUGGGAGAGGUGCUGAGAGGGGACCGGAUUGUCAACACCCCUUUCCAGGUUCUUAUGAACAGUGAGAAGAAGUGUGAAGUUCUGUGUAGCCAGUCCAGCAAGCCAGUGACCCUGACAGUGGAACAGAGUCGCCUCGUGGCCGAGCGGAUCACAGAGGACUACUAUGUUCACCUCAUCGCUGACAACCUGCCUGUGGCCACCCGGCUGGAGCUGUACUCCAACCACGACAGUGAUGACAAGAAGAAGGAAAAAGAUGUGCAGUUUGAACAUGGCUACCGACUCGGCUUCACAGAUGUCAACAAGAUAUACCUGCACAAUCACCUCUCAUUCAUCCUUUAUUACCACCGGGAGGAUGUGGAAGAGGACCAAGAGCACACAUAUCGUGUCGUCCGCUUCGAGGUGAUUCCCCAGAGCAUCAGGCUGGAGGACCUCAAAGCAGAUGAGAAGAGUUCAUGUACUCUGCCUGAGGGUACCAGCUCCUCACCCCAAGAAAUUGACCCUACAAAGGAGAAUCAGCUGUACUUCACCUACUCUGUACACUGGGAGGAAAGUGACAUCAAAUGGGCCUCUCGCUGGGAUACUUACCUGACUAUGAGUGAUGUACAGAUCCACUGGUUUUCUAUCAUUAACUCCGUUGUGGUGGUCUUCUUCCUGUCAGGCAUCCUGAGCAUGAUUAUCAUUCGGACCCUCCGGAAGGACAUCGCCAACUAUAACAAGGAGGAUGACAUUGAAGACACCAUGGAAGAGUCUGGGUGGAAGCUGGUGCACGGUGACGUCUUCAGGCCACCCCAGUAUCCCAUGAUCCUCAGCUCCCUGUUGGGAUCAGGCAUUCAGCUCUUCUGUAUGAUCCUCAUUGUCAUAUUUGUGGCCAUGCUUGGGAUGCUGUCGCCCUCCAGCCGGGGAGCUCUCAUGACCACGGCCUGUUUCCUCUUCAUGUUCAUGGGGGUGUUUGGUGGAUUUUCUGCUGGCCGUUUAUAUCGCACUCUAAAAGGCCAUCGAUGGAAGAAAGGAGCCUUCUGUACAGCAACACUAUACCCUGGUGUGGUUUUUGGCAUCUGCUUCGUAUUGAAUUGCUUCAUCUGGGGAAAGCACUCAUCAGGAGCAGUUCCUUUCCCCACCAUGGUGGCUCUGCUGUGCAUGUGGUUCGGAAUCUCCCUGCCCCUCGUCUACCUGGGCUACUACUUUGGCUUCCGCAAGCAGCCGUAUGACAACCCCGUGCGCACCAACCAGAUUCCCCGGCAGAUCCCCGAACAGCGGUGGUACAUGAACCGAUUUGUGGGCAUUCUCAUGGCUGGGAUCCUGCCCUUCGGUGCCAUGUUCAUCGAGCUUUUCUUCAUCUUCAGUGCAAUCUGGGAGAAUCAGUUCUAUUACCUCUUUGGCUUCCUGUUCCUUGUAUUCAUCAUCUUGGUGGUGUCCUGUUCUCAAAUCAGCAUCGUCAUGGUGUACUUCCAGCUGUGUGCAGAGGAUUAUCGCUGGUGGUGGAGGAAUUUCCUAGUCUCCGGGGGCUCUGCAUUCUAUGUCCUGGUCUAUGCCAUCUUUUAUUUUGUUAACAAGCUGGACAUCGUUGAGUUCAUCCCCUCUCUCCUCUACUUUGGCUACACAGCCCUCAUGGUCUUGUCCUUCUGGCUGCUCACGGGCACUAUCGGCUUCUAUGCAGCCUACAUGUUUGUCCGCAAGAUCUAUGCUGCCGUGAAGAUAGACUGAUUGGCUGGAUGGUGGCCGGGCCCUCUCCAUCCUUGGACAGGAAAGCCAACCUGCGUGGGGAACUGCAGACACGCAAAAUAAAAUAACUCCUGCUCGUUUGGAAUGUAACUCCUGGCACAGUGUUCCUGGAUCUGGGUCUGCAUGGUGUGACUCGGGAGGGCCUGUAGAUAAAUCUUGCAUUUUUCUUCAUCAUAUUUUUCCAGUUCUGUGGGGGAUGAGUUUUUUGGUGGGUUGUUUUUUCUUCAGUGCUAAGCAAGUUCCAUCUAGUAGGAACUCGGACUUGUUGGUUCAGGUUUAUUUUUGGUUUGGAAUUCUUUUCUUUAAUGUUUUUCGACAAAUGGAUCCAGGAUGGAUAAAUCCACCAAGAUACUGGGUUUUGGUCGCUGUCUCCACUUCAGUUCCUCAGGGCUCUUGGCCACCCCACAACUACCUGGAAGAGGAAACAGCAGGCCUUCUGGGGCUUCAGUGAGGUUUCUGGGCCUCUCACUACCUGUCCUAGCCAUUGACACCGUGACAAAGCACAGCACUAGCCCAGACUUGCACCCUCAGUGCUGACCAUCCUCUGCCAGCCCCUUUCCCUGCUUCUUCUGUCCUUCCCAGCCUCCUCCCAGGGCUGCCCAAGGCAGGGGCUCCAGCUAGACCUCUGGGUCUUUUCACCAGGAGAAGCCAAAGCUUGGUUGCUACGUGGAAAUCUCUUAGAUAUACUGAGCGCCAAGUUCCCUAGGACUGCAAGAAUCAACCCUGUUCAGAGCGGCAGGAGUUUGCUAGACCAGCAGGAAGGAAAAAAAGAGACUUGGAGUGAACUGGCCACCGCAUUGUUUUUGUGCCAAGAAACCUUGGGCCUAGGGGCAAGUAUUUCAGGGCCAAGCGCCCACAUGUCUGUGUCUGGAAAGGGUAGCUAAGGCCACCAGGGUCCUCACUCCCUCAGGAUUGCUUCCCAUUCCUUCCACAGGGGGUCACUGCACUUGACAAAGUGUGCUGGUGGCAGACCCUCUCCUCCCCGACUUCUGGGGCAAAACAAGGAGACCAUAGACCUCGGAUCCCCUCCUUAAGGAGGCUGGGUGGAGGCCUUCUCUCCCUGGCAUCCCCAGCCUCAGUGCCCACACUUGACUCUUUUAGAUAGACCCAUCCCCUUGACCCCCUGUCUCAAUUCUUGCCUCUUCCUUUUUGGGACACCCAGAAACUGCUUGUGUGAAGGAAGAUGGAAGGUUAAGUUCUGUCAUUCCUUCCCCAAUUCCCAGGAAUUGGCAAGGAGCCCAGUCUCCCCAAGUUAGAAAGAAGGAGCUAAUGUGGCUGACCUGGCUCCUCUACAGUCCCCCAUUCUUCCAGACCCCUGUCUGCCCCACGCAUGUCAUAAAUACUUGCUUUUAAGUUGCGAGAGACCAAACCCACCCUGGUGUAAGGAUUUAGUAACAGCCACUUACCCUUGUUCCAGACCCUUUGGGACUCCCACCACAAGGCAAAGCUCAGGAUGCUGGUUAAUCUAGGAAUACCCCCCCCACACACACACCCUGGAUUCUCCCAGCAGCCCCCACCAGGUCCACCAGUCAAACCAGUGAACUUCUCAAUCUUGCCUCAUAGCGACUCCGCAGUGCCAAGCGGUGUCCACCAAGAAUCCGGUUGGAGGAAAGGGAACCCAAGCAGUAGAGAAUGAUAUUGGAGUCUUUUGUUCUUUCAAAUCUUGUUUUUUUUUUUUUUUUACCCCCCCUCCCCCCAAAAGAGAUUCUCUUUAUGGGGGAGUGGAGAAUUGGACUCCUCAUAAAGGGUUCAAACAUCACUGAUUUUCUGACUUUUUAAAUCAUCAUUAUUUUUAAUUAAAAAUGCCUGUAUGCCUUUUUUUGGUCAGUUGUAAAUAAAUAUACCAUUGUCCUCUU